GGCGCGAGCCGCUGCCGAAUCUGGGUCAAAGGGUGUUGUUUGGAGCCGGAUCGGAAUGAACUGCCUGACGCUACCCACUGUCCUGCCCAGCUCCCCCAGCAAGACCCGGGGGCAGAUUCAGGUGAUCCUCGGGCCCAUGUUCUCCGGGAAAAGCACGGAGCUGAUGCGCCGGGUCCGCAGGUUUCAGAUCGCUCAGUACAAGUGCCUCGUGAUCAAGUACGCUAAGGACGUUCGCUACGGACACAGUUUCUCCACCCAUGACCGAAACACCAUGGAGGCCUUGCCAGCCUGCGUACUGCGAGACGUGACCCAAGACGCCUUAGGAGUGGCCGUAAUUGGCAUCGACGAGGGGCAGUUUUUUCCAGAUACUGUGGAGUUCAGCGAGGCCAUGGCCAAUGCCGGGAAGACCGUGAUCGUGGCUGCUCUGGAUGGGACUUUUCAGAGAAAGGCCUUCGGGACCAUCCUGAACCUGGUACCCCUGGCCGAGAGCGUGGUGAAGCUGACGGCCGUCUGCAUGGAGUGUUUUCGUGAUGCUUCCUACACAAAGAGGCUGGGGGCUGAGAAAGAGGUGGAAGUGAUAGGCGGGGCGGAUAAAUACCACGCCGUCUGCCGCGUCUGCUACUUCAAGAAGCACCUGGGGCAGGCCCCGGCGCCCGUUAACAAGGAGAACUGCCCUCUGCCCGGUCCAUCCGCGGACGCCCCCUCUCCCCGCAAGCUCUUCCCACCUCACCAGAUCCUGCAGUGCAGCUUCAACUGAAGCGGCCGCGGGACGUGGGGCGGUGUGGGCCUGGGGGGGGUGGUCCCACGUCUUCCCCAGAGAGGGACUCCCCUUCCCUCUAGCCCUACCCGCUUGCACCUAUGGGGCCAGUGCCAGCUAGGUGUGAAUGAUUGUCCAUGGAGUUGGGAUGGCAUUUCUGGCUGGGGCAGGAUUUUUUUUGUAGGGCUGGGGGCUGGGGGGCGGGUUUAUCUUUUUAAAGCCCUCCCUGCCCAUGCCCCGAAAGCCUGGACCUCUAAGGGGCAGGGACACAGUUCACCCCGACCUCUUUCUUAGCACUUCAGGCAUCUCUCUCUUUUUAAACUCAGUCCUCCCCUCACCUUCCAAGUGCCCCAGCUGUGGGGGUCUUGAUCCCUCAGUGAGGGUCAUGGUGCUUCCCCCCCGCCACCCCACUGACCCACCUAGCAACAGCCAGCCAGGCCCCACCGAUGAGCUUCCUCUCUAACACUUCUGAUGUAGGUGGCUGUGGGUUUCUAUCAGAGGAAGCCCACCCACCAUAACUUCCUCUUUGCUGUAUCUAUUUCUCCCACCGGAUUUGGCUGCGGGCCCCCGCCCCAGACCUGUGGGUAGGGACCACCUGGGACCCGGGCCCACGGUCCUCCCUGACCGCAGAAGGGAUGAUGCCAUUUUGGCUCUCCAAGAGGGUGGUCUCAGCAGGGCUGGACUGGGAUCUGCCCCCUCACUUCCUUCCCGGCCUAAUAUGGUACUGGGUCUGCAGGCCUGAGCUGGGGCCAUCUAGUCCCACUUCCACCCCUCCCCGGCUGGAGUUAAAAAUGCCCAGAGCCUGGUGGGAGGAAGGUGUUCUAAUGCAGGGGGCUAGCAAAAUGGGCCCAUGCCCUCCCCUGGGCUCUCUUGGAGUCCAAGUAAGACUGACCACCCCCCUUAAGCUGGGUUCCCCCAGGGUGGGGCCUCACCUUCCAUCUUGGUGCUUUCUUCCCCUUCUGCCUCCCACAACCUGGCCUGGAGGAGGACUGGGGCUUUCCUUCAGAAUUCCCCGGGCUACCUGCAGUUCUCCAUUCUCCUCCGGCAAGCCACAGGGGUGGCCUCUCCGUCGGAUGAGGGAGGCAGCCACUGGGGCAAUGAGCUAGGCCCGGCCCUGGGGGAGGGCGAGGCAGACAGCUUCAAGGCUAGGAUGCCUAAAGCUUGUGGUCCUUGUAGAUGAAACUGUUGGAAGCGGGGAGCUCGGGUCACUGCUGGGGUCUGAGCAGAGGCUGCAGCUCUUCAAGACAAGCUCCCCCAAAACCUGGACAAAGAGCCAGGGCCCUGUGGCCUGGUUCAUUCGGUCUAUUUACUAAGUGCUUACUGUGUGCAGAGCACUGUACUAAGUGCUUGGGAAAGUACAAAAGAACAACAGACACGUUCCCCGCCCCCAGUGAGCUCACCGUCUGGUUCACACUUCCUUACCCCGAGCAAGGAUUAAUCUUUAGCCACUACUGGGGCCUGAGGGGGGGCUAUGUCUCUUCAAGGCAGGGUCUCACGGCCCCACGGCCUAGUUCUCACCUCCACACCGCGCAGAGGCUCAUCUUCAGCCCCGUUGGGGGCCUGAACAGAGGCCUUAGUUCUUCACGGCAGGCUCCCCGAGAACCCGGACAAAGAAGCAGUGCCCCAACCGUCCUCCCCAUCUCACACCGAGCAGAGGCCCAUCUUUAGUCCCUAAAGGCAACCACUGGCAUUUGGGGACUAGGCCGGACCCUAAGGCCUGCUACAGUCCAGGAUCUGAGCUGGGGGACGUGCCCCCGGCUGACCAGGGGAUGGGGGCGAAGGAGCAGGGUUAUUGGUUGCGCCUGCAACGUCUCCUCUGCCCUCAGGGUUGCAAAACCCACCCCCAACCCAGCUGCUUGUUGUGGGGAGGGCAGUUCCCUCGGGGAAGUCCUAUCUAGUCACAGUCCCUCCCAAGGGACCGUGUCUCAUUUGAUUCUCCCCCAGUCUAGUGCUCUGCACCCAGUAAGUGCUCAAUAAAUACCAUUGAUCGAUC